AAUAUGAAGUAUUAAACAUGUGCUAAAAAACGUUUAAAAUGGCGUCGGAGGUAUUUAUCCUACAGUUUCUUACAGUAUCUUACUGUAGGUGUACGAAAUCUCAGAAAUUGACUAUUUACCCAACACUGCUACAUAUUUAUACAACUAUUUAUAUUAUUUAUUUAUUUACGUAGAUCAAGUUUACAAAUAACCUCCAACAAAAUAUAAUAUUAAAAAAUUUAUAAACCUGUAAUUGUUUUUUUUUUUGGAGCUGACCGAAAAAAUUACUUUUUGAAAUAUUUUAUAUUUCAAAUAUUAUAUUAUUUUACAAUGGUUGUAAGAUCAUAUGAAGAUGAGCUUCACUAUCUAGAGAGGUUAACAGAUUAUUCUUUCAGAAUUAAAAAAGGCUUUCAGCCAAACAUGAAGGUAGAGGGUAUUUUUUAUGUUAACAAGCAACUAGAAUCAUUGAUGUUAGAUGAGUUAAAACAAUCAUGUCGCCCUGGAAAUGUUGGUGGUUUUUUACCAGGUGUAAAACAAAUUGCAAAUGUAGCAGCUCUUCCGGGAAUUGUUGGAAGAUCAGUUGGUCUUCCAGAUGUUCAUGCAGGCUAUGGAUUUGCUAUUGGGAAUAUGGCAGCUUUUGACAUGAACGAUCCAAAAUCAAUUGUUUCUCCGGGAGGUGUUGGUUUUGAUAUAAAUUGUGGUGUUCGUCUCUUGAGAACGAAUUUAUUUGAAAAAGAUGUUCUGCCAUACAAGGAAAAAAUUGCUCAAAGUAUGUUCGAUCAUAUUCCGGUUGGAAUUGGUUCAAAAGGUAUAAUUCCAAUGAAAGCAAGAGAUUUGGAGGAGGCUUUAGAGAUGGGUAUGGAUUGGUCAUUACGUGAAGGAUACAGUUGGGCUGAAGACAAAGAACACUGUGAAGAAAAUGGUAGAAUGUUAACUGCCGAUUCAUCAAAGGUCUCAACAAGAGCUAAAAAAAGAGGCUUACCUCAGCUGGGAACACUUGGUGCUGGUAAUCAUUAUGCUGAAAUACAAGUUGUUGAUGAAAUUUAUAAUAAAUCAGCAGCGUGUAAAAUGGGAAUUGAAGAAAAAGGACAAGUUUGUAUAAUGAUACAUUCAGGAAGUCGUGGUUUUGGUCAUCAGGUUGCAACUGAAGCUCUGGUUAGAAUGGAAAAAGUUAUGUCAAGAGAUAAAAUUGAAGUUAAUGAUAGACAACUUGCAUGUGCACAAAUUAAUUCUGAAGAAGGACAAGAUUAUUUAAAAGCAAUGGCUGCUGCUGCAAAUUAUGCUUGGGUCAAUAGAAGUUCUAUGACAUUUCUCACACGACAAGCAUUCGCAAAACAAUUUAAUGUUUCUCCUGAUGAUUUAGACAUGCAAGUUAUUUAUGAUGUGUCACAUAACAUUGCAAAAGUUGAAGAACACAUGGUUGAUGGAAGACCUAAAACACUAUUGGUUCAUAGAAAAGGUGCAACAAGAGCUUUUCCACCUCAUCAUCCUCUUAUUCCAGUGGAUUACCAACUUACUGGCCAACCGGUACUUAUAGGUGGUACAAUGGGUACCUGCAGUUAUGUUUUAACUGGAACAGAAAAAGGAAUGCAAGAGACAUUUGGAUCAACAUGUCAUGGAGCUGGUCGAGCAUUUUCAAGAGCAAAAUCUAGAAGAAAUCUCGAUUACACCGCUGUACUUAACAAGCUUGAAGAAAUGGGAAUUUCUAUCAGAGUUGCAUCUCCAAAAUUAGUCAUGGAAGAGGCUCCAGAGUCUUAUAAAAAUGUAACAGAUGUUGUUAAUACUUGUGAUGGCGCUGGUAUUUCUAAAAAAUGCAUCAAACUUCGACCAAUUGCUGUUAUCAAAGGAUAAAUUGUCUAAAUAAGUAGAGUAAAAUUUUCUUUUUUUAAGCUUUUGGGUUCGUUUUUCAUACCCAAAAGUUAAUGAAUCUAAGAUGAAAGCGAAACAAAGUUAUUUUUUGUUUUGUGAUAUAUUUAUUAUUUAUUUUUUUUGUCAUUUUUUUAUAUAUUUUAUAUAUACUUACCUACAUUUUUUUUUUUUUUGGAGUAUAAAAACUACAAAUGUUUGCGACUUGGAUACUAAUUAAAAUAUCUUCUCAAGAUUUUCCUUACGAAACAAAAUUUUGAUAAUAAUCUGUUCCUUAUUUAUAUCCAUAAGUAAUAGUUUCAAUUCAAAUUGCUCAAAGAAGUGAUUCCAUGUAUGUACUUGCUAAUUUCUACUGUCUCAAAUACAGAUUAUUUUCUCAUUA